AUGGAGAAAAACGAAAUUAGAGCUGUCAUCAAGUACCUCUGUUUGAAAAAAAUAUCUUCAAAAGGCAUACACAGUGACUUAGUGGAAACAUUGGGGGACUCUGCUCCUUCAUAUUCUACAGUUGCACGCUGGGCUAAGGAGUUUAAACUGGGUAGAACAUCCACUGAAGAUGAACAUCGCGAAGGACGCCCAUCCACGUCCCUCAUUGAAGACAACGUGAAAAAAGUCGAAGAUGUUGUGUUGGCAGAUCGAAGACUGACCAUCAGGCAAGUAGCUGAGGUCACAGGGAUCUCAUAUGGCAGCGUUCAAAGAAUCCUUGCGAACGAGUUGCAUAUGAAAAAGGUCUCUGCGCGUUGGGUACCCAGAAUGUUAACCGACGACCAAAAGAAAAAUCGAGUUGACAUUUCCAGGGUCAAUCUCGAAAAGUUCCAAGAAGUCAAGAAAAUUUUUUGCUCCGUUUUGUGA